AUGAAUAAAGUAAAUCAAAGUCCAUGUAGAACAUCUCAAGAAGUUUCAGAUCUUUCAAAAGCUUCUGCUAAUUAAAAGUUAUUAACUUAAAAAAUAAAUGAUUUAGAAAAUACUGUAAGACAUCUUGAAUUAACAAAUUAAAAAUUAACAGAUUAACUUAAUGAUUAAAACAUAGAAAUGAAUAAGGAAAAAUAAAAAUACAAAAAUUAACAGAAUACUUCUACUUAAAUUCAAAAUUAAAAGGAUUCUUAAAUUUAAAAAUUGAUUGAUGAAAAUUAGAAAUUGGUUAAAACAAUAUAAAAAAUAGAAACUGAUUUACGUAAACUAGAUAAAAUCAAAGAAGAAAAUAUCAAUUUAAAAUAAUAAAUUCAAGAUAAUUCAUAAGAAAUUGAAGAUUUGAAAUAAAAAAUACCAAAAAAUGAAGGUAAAUGGUCAUCUGAUGCAGCAUUAGGAAUUUUAGCAUCUAAAAGAAGCUAAGAAAUUUUAGUAUUAAAAAAUGAAAAUUAAGAAAUUAAAUAAAAGAAUUAAGAACUAUUAGCUAAAUUAAAUACUUUAUUAACAGAAAAUCAAUAAUUAUAAUCUAUUAUUAAAUCUGAUAAUCCAUCAUAAAGACUCAAUUCUUAGGCUAGCUCUACAAAAUAAUAUAAUUCUUCUAGUAAAAAAUAAGAUUAAACUAAUUACAUUUAAAAUGAAUAAUUAAAUCAAUUAUAAUAAGAAUUAAAAGAAGCAAAAAACACUAUUGAAAAAUUGAAAAAACUAAAUAAUUCUAAAUCUUCCAAUAACAAUACACCUAAUAAUAAACCACCAUAUUAUAAUAUUAAUAAAAGUAAUUCAAAUGAUAAGAUAUAAAAGGCUCAAUCUUUUAAUAGUUCUGAUAAUGAUAAAGAUAAGAAAUUAAGAGAUCUAGAAGAUUAUGUAAGAAAACUUGAAUUUGAAAAAUAAAAUAUAGCUUAAAGUAUUAGAUUAGAAUGUGCUUAAGAUAUAAAAUAAUUAUAAGAUAAAUUAAGAGAAGAAUAUGAAGCAAAGGCUCAAUUAGAAAGAGAAUAAGACAAAACAUCCUUAGAAGAAGCAAAAAAGUAAAGUUAAGAUAAUUAGAAAUUAUAAAUCACUCUCUAAAGAUAGAAUAAGGAAAUCUAAAAUAUGGAAAAAAAAUUAACAGGUAUUAUAUAAAUGUUUAAUUUAUUUAAUAGAGUUAUUAAUCUCAUAAGAGGAUAUACAAUAGAGUCUAUAAAAAGAGAAAUAAUUUUAAGAUUAUUUGAAAUAAGAAAAAAAUAGAUUAUAAGAUCAAUUAAAAGAAAAGUAAAAAGAAAUUAAUGAACACAAGGAAGAUAUUUUGAAAUUAGCUAAGGAAAGAUAAUAAUUGAAAGAUUAAUUGGAUAAAUUCAAAUUUGAAUCAAGAAUAAAUUAAAGUUAAACUAGUAAUAAACCAGUUAGCUAAAUAAGUGAGUUAAGUAAAAAAUAAAAAUGA